UAUGGAACAAUCAUGUUAUUGUGAUAACAAUUCAAUACCGUCCCCAUCAGGUCAGGUGAUCAGAAAACAAUCCAGCUACUGUACAGUCUAAGGAGAAUUAAAGUCGACGUAACGGUCCGUGCGUCACUAGGUUCGUGGUAAAGGUGAAAAAAGUAGCGACUGGAAGUAGACGAUAUUGAUACAAUACUGGCAUCAUGCUUUGAUCAAGGCGUUGUUAGUGUGUUUUAAUUACCGGUUCAGCCACAUGGCUUUACGUAUGUACUGGCUCCUUUUAUCUAUACCAUUGUGUCGAGGACAGUUGUACUGACCAAAGUUACGUAUCCCUUUUGAUAGGAGCCCUAUACAAGGGUAGCCGAUUCCUAGGAUUAACAUUUUCGAAGUGUAUGACGGACUCUGUGUCCGUAGUCUUCGCAGACACACAAAGAUGGAUACGACGGGUGACAACCAUAGUAUCAGAUACUUAGACUACGAGCAUUACAUGGAACCAUUGUGGGACAAUUUCUCUGAUGAAGCAGAUGCACUUUUGACUACUGACAACAAUGGUUUAUACCACACAGCUAGGACACUUCGGAACGUCUUUCUCCCAAUAAUAGUUAUCGUAGGUCUCACUGGGAAUACCGUUACCAUGCUCGUAUUCGUAUCCACACAUAUGAAGAAGUCCUCAGCAACAACCUUUCUAGCUACGCUAGCGUUCGUUGACAACGUUUUCUUAGUAGCCUUGUUCACAACAUGGUUCGACGGUAGUGUUUCAAACAUCAUUAAGACCGAGAGUCUAUGCCAGAUACUGGUGUAUGUGACGUAUGUGACGAGCUUUCUGUCCAUCUGGUAUGUGGUUGGUUUUACAGCUGAGAGAUACAUUGCUAUCUGCCAUCCGUUCCGAUCUGUAAUUGUAUGCUCAAGAUUUCGAGAGAAGAUCUAUGUGAUAUUUCUGGCUGUAAUCGCGGGUGUUUUGUAUAACUAUGCCCUUUGGACCACAUCUGUUGUUGAGGUUCAUGGUGUAUAUCGCUGUGGUCAUAAGUUCAAGUAUAUAAGUUUGUUAGAGAAAGUGACUUGGAUCGACACAGUUAUAACAAUGAUCAUACCGUUCCUGCUUAUUCUACUAAUGAAUGUUAAAGUCGUCUGUAAAGCCGCUGCCUUUCACAGGAAACGGAAACAUUGUUUAAAACCAACUGACUCAUUUAAUGGGGAGCAUUCCAGAAACAAAAGUAGAACAUUACGCAGCAAGCCUCAAAUGCGUGUGACAAGAACACUUAUUCUAGUAUCGACAACAUUCCUGGUGCUCAAUUUACCAAGUCACGUGCGACGGUUGUAUACGCUCAUUAUUUACACGACAACUCAACAACACACUGAAAUGUACCACUAUCUUCUACAGGAAAUCACGCAGCUGUUGUACUAUUCAACAUUUAGUGUCAAUUUCUUUUUAUAUGCUUUAUAUGGCAAACAUUUCCAGAGUAGCCUUCGUCUAAUGUUGAAAUCUCUAAAAUAUCGAAUUUGUUGUCGACAGACGCACAUGCAUCUAGACAAAAUACCAAGUGUUAAAGGGAGUAACACCAGGGGGGUCAGCGGUGAACUCAAAGAAGAUAUCAAAUUAUCUCUAUCAAUAGGGAUUCGAGGUAAGAGGAAACUUGUCGAUGGUACAUUGUCAGAGGACAGCUAACUUAAUUGUCCACCAUAGUUACGUCUGCAUCACCAUAGUGAUGCCGGUUUCACAUUAGUGAUGUCAGUAUCAGCAGUUAUGUCAGUAUCACCGUAAUGAUGUCGGUAUCACUUUUGUCAUGUCAGUAUCACCAUGGUGAAGUCCAUAUCACCAUAGUCAUGUCAGUAUCACCAUAGUGAAGUCCAUAUCACCAUAGUCAUGUCAGUAUCACCAUGGUGAAGUCCAUAUCGCCAUAGUCAUGUCAGUAUCACCAUAGUGAAGUCCAUAU